AUGCUUGGAGAGCCAUAUCUGAUUGCAGACGUUCCUUCGGACUUGACCGGAGUCCACGGCAAUGUGUUCGCCACUGAUGUGUACUCUUUCUCAACACUGGAAAGAAAGAAGCGGUCAGAGGUAGCUCUAGCCAUUGAUCGCCAAGGUAUCAAUAUCUACGAUGUAAACAAUCAUAGCGCAGACCUCCCAGCCCGAAGGUACACUUACUGCUGCGUCAAGCUACCCAAACCACGGAUAUUAGGCUUUUUGGAACACUGCACGCAAACGAGUAGCCUCACGGCUAUCUCUACCUUCUCUACGGAUAUUGAGAAUCGCAGUCCGGUACUUUACCUGGAUGUCAUUCAACGAUUUUCUGUUGCAAGUGACUCGAAACAAAACCAUGCAGUAUUUGCAGUUCAUGAAGAUGCGUCAAUCUCGUGUUUCACGGCGAAAUUAGACGGAGCGUCGAGCCAAUCGAGCCAGAGACUGGAACCAAGAUUGGACGGCGCCAAAAGCCUCAAGCUCAAAUAUGUCAUUGCUUUGAGCAGGAAGCAAGCUAUAAAAGCCAUUUUGAAGAACAGAGAGGAUAUUUUAGCGACAUCGACGUCUAAAGAUGGUGCAUUGGACAAUAAUUUCCUUUUCGCCGUGACCUCAGCGUCAACUCCCCAUAGCUCAUACGAAAAUCGCUCAUAUGCCAGUCUUUUCGAGCUUUUUGAAGAUAGUGACUCUGCUCCUGCUGCCUCUCGGCUUCGACUGAACUUGAAUGAAAUGAUCUCACAAGCUAUACCUCUCCCAAUGCAACUUGUCGACGACUCAUCUUGGUUUGCUCUGCACAAGUCAAGUGCUUCCUUAUAUCAAACCUCUGGAAGCGGUAUCCGCAUUUACGACUUCGUGAGCUUUGCGCCUCGCUUUCUCCAAGUCGUCCCAUCGACGCAAUCUGGCAUUGAAUCGAGCCUUCGUCUGUCGCCAAGUUUGCUAGCUGUUGCUGCUACUGGUAAAAUUGACCUUGUGGACCUGCCUUUUGGCGCCUUGCAAGCUAGAAGAAUUUUAGUUGAAGUGGGCCUAAGCCCAACCGAUCCUGAUCGAUCGCAAGCCGGUGAGCCUUCACUGCAACAAGGUUCUAUAAGACUACUUUCGUACUCUCCGCAAACCGCUCUAGUCAUCGCCUUUCACGAGCGUAAGCUUCUUGCUAUACCUACAUCCAUCCAAAACUCAUCAUUUGUGCCGCGCAAAAGAGCUAGAAACGGUCUGCUCAUUGGCUCUUUAGGUCGUGGAUCUGCAAUUCUAAGUCCAGGGAAGAAGGAAGUUUCUCGAAAGUCGGAAUUUGAACAGCUUGGAAACAUCGUAUCAUUUCCAACGAGUGACUCGGUCUGGGAACAACACAAAAAGUCUUUGAACCAAUUGUUCCGUGAGCAUAAGUUUCUGGCCUUUGAAGAUUCCCUUUUCCCAGAGUUCUCAAGUAGACCUCAUCCGUCGAUUCCGUCGCACAAGGUAGACUAUCUUUUGAGCAAAAUAUUCAACAUCGACCAUGACGCACGCCAGCACAAUGUGAAGGAGGAGGAGGCAGGGUUGGUGCUUCGGAUAGUCAUGUGGCCCCAAAAGCUUUGUCAAUCAAUGAUGUCUAGGGAUCUCGUAAACCAGGAUCGCGUCGAAUCUUCGCUGAAGUCGACCGGCACGUUGCCUAUUGAAUCAAGCCUUGCGCAUGGGACUCUACUCAGGGCAUUUGCAGAAUGGGAUACGUCGUUAUCCAUUCUUCAGACUGCGAUCUCGGAGUCACUUCCUCUGAGCCCUUUAGAGUUAGCCACGACUUUAGCGCUUCUAAUUCCAGUCAUACAAAAUAACGGAACGCUCGAAGACACCAAGCUCUUGACGUACGGUAACACAGAAGCAAGUCAUGACACAGGACGGGAGGUUCAAAUUUUAGACGACGCCAAAGCCUUUGAUCGGAGCUCAGCAUACGAUAGAGUCGAGAAAGCCAAGGACAUCCUGUACCUUGUUCUUCAAAAGAUUUAUUCACUGCCACCGCAUUCUUCAGCAGCGGCGCUCAGACAAGUGCUCGGAAGGCAGCAGCUUCGCUCUCUUGCGGAUAUGUUGAGGCUGGAGUUGGCCAGUGACGGCUGGCUUUCCUUCUACGACCGGUAUGACAAUAGCAAAGAACAAAGUGCUAUAGAUGAUCACAUGACCCAUGUAUCCCAUCUAAUCAAUGUCAUUCUUGAUGCUCUUGGACCCGCAGGUUGGAUGAUAGGCUCUGCAUCAAGUGACGAGCUUGCACAUGCAGCUGACACAAUCUCUCAUAUGAAAGCCGAGAUUUCUGCUGCACUGGAAGGUAUCGAAGAAGCAACCUAUCUACAGCACGCACUAGGCGAGGUACUCCUCUGCGGAAAAGACACACUACUUCCUCGAGGUCAAUUCCAACAAAAGUAUGCUUUAGACUCGGGUAUGAAAAAGGGAGCUAUAAGACCCUCGAAUCCGGUUUUUCAAGGUCUUCUCAGUAAUGAACUACCACUUGGUCUCAGAUUGAGACCUAAAAUACCGCUCACGAAAAUCGGCGCGGGAGGAGAGAUCAUCAAGAGGAGUAAACGAGAUCUUGGGAGACUGAAAAGUCGAACAGUCGGUAAAUACAGCUUCGAGAAGAUCAAUAUCUAG